CCCGCUCGCGCUCGCUCUAAUAGAAAUAGUUUAAGUGGCUUCCAAUCGUCCAGCUCCGUACGGCUUUUAAAGUUCUUUUACGGCCAUCUCAUUAGAGUUUCAAGUACCUUGAGGAGUAUGGUCAUUGUUAUGCCAGUUUGCAGUUGAGAACAUUAACUUAGGGACGCUGAGUGUCUUUCAGCCAGUUAAGAGUCCAAGCUUGCGUGGAAUGAAUCUGUUCCCCACGACCUGACUUGCCCUGGUCCCUUGUCUUGGUGUUCUCGAUUUGAGCGGUGCAUUUUACCCCGCACCAAAGAAUUCCUCCAUUUUGUUGAAACGGAUUUUAGUCUUGAGGGUAUACCGAAGAAUCUACUUUCUCAGCCAGAAAGUAGAACUGGGCCUUGCGUACCCUCAAAAUGUUCGCUUUGGUUGAUAACCCUUAAUGGAGCUCUCAGAAGAGUUCUGAACGAGUGGGAGAAGAGGCAGCUAGACUGUUGUUUUAGAGCAAGGUUAGGUCUGUUGAAACUGACCGUCAGUAAGUGUUUUAUGUAAAGACUGUUUAGUAUUUCGUCAGUUUCAUUUGCAAUGUUGGUUAGCACAGUGUUUGUGUUGACUUUUUUGUAUUGGGGAGUGUUGUUUCUAGAGAAAAGUUUCGUAAGACAUUUGCAUGUUCAAAAUGUGAUCAUGACAGUCUUUGAACCUCAGAUAAAAUGUAGGGAUCUUUGGUUUGUUAAUACUUUAGUUUACUGUCUUGUCAUAUGGCUGAGUCCUCAUCAUUUAAACCUUAGAGAGGUCCUUCCUGUCCGCUCCUCUAAAAUAGCUCCUUUAUGGUGAUUUGCUAGCACGUCAAACUUUUAUUAUAUUAUUCAAAGCACUUGUCUGAACCUAAAGUGAUUCUGUAUUCGUGUGUUCAGUGUUGAUUACUCCCCACCCCCUAAUCACAUUCCAUGAGAACAGGACCCACAGUAGCGUUUGGCACAUUGGUAAUUGUGCAACAGAUACUUGACUGAAUUCAUGAUCUCAUCCUUCAACUUCAGCCUUAGUCUGUGGCACUCGUUUGACUGAUCUCACAGCCACAUCAGCAUGACUUAAAAGGAUGUCGUAAAUGGGUGUCUUUCACUCCCAACUGCAUGCUAAACGAAAGAGGUUGAUUAAGGAGAUAAUCUCCUUUGUAGGCUAAAGAAAAGAGCUUGAAAAAGGGGAGGACUUGAGAUGAUGCCUUUAUGCUUGGAGCACAGUAAAUGUGCAAUAAAUGUUGUUUGCCUUAAGGGAUUUGGAUGGGUGGAUAGAGCUAUAGCGUAGUAUUCCAUAGACCGAAAAACUUAUUGCCAGUAAGUCAAUUCCAACUCAUAGGGACCCUAUAGGAGUGGAGCAGAAAUAUAAGACCGUAUAGUAUAAUAUUAUAAUAUAAUAGCAUAUUAACAUGAUGUGUUGUGGAAACAAAGAGGAGACUAUUAUGCAUAAAGCAGAUAGUUUGUGUAAAAAAAGCUUGGGACCAUAUACCCAAAUUGUCAUAUUGUGAAAUGGAGAUGUCUUAUGUUUAAACCAGUUGCUGUUGAGUAGAUUCUGUCUUUAGUCUGUAGAAAAUGGAGAGUUUUGAAUAAGGCAGGGAUGCAUAAGAUUAUUUUAGAAAGAAAAGAAACUUGGCUGUAUACAGUAUGAAUAGAGGGUAACGGUGACCAGAGUCAGAAUUAGAGUUAUUGCACUAGCAUACAUGUGUAUGAGAUGAUGAAGUCUGAAGAGUUAGGGAAACGUUUUCAGUAAAAAUUGUCAAGAUUUGGUGACUAUCUUCGUUGGGGUACUUUAGAGAAACAGAACCAGACAUAUACACGUACGUGUAGAGAGACAGAGAUUGAUUUAGUUCAAGGAAUUGGCUCACAUGAUUGUGGGGGGCUGGCAAGAUCUGUUGGUCCGGCAACAUGCUGAAGACUCUUGCACAUCACCAGAUGUGUAUGUAGGGCAGGCAUUAAGAAGAGUGAAGAGUAGGAGUGUUCAUGUGUAUUUAUAGUAUGGAAGAGUAGAACUUUCCCUAGGGAAACUCCCCUUUUGCUUUGUAGGUCUUCAACUGAUUGACUGAGGCCUGCCCACAUUAUAGAAGGUAAUCUGCUUUACUUCAGGCCACCAUGUGUAGUGUAAUUUAACCACGUGUAAUUUAUAACAGCAACUAGUCUAGUGUUUUACCAAACAACUGGGUACCAUAGCCUAGCCAAGUUGACCCUUAAAGUUAACGAUCACUUUGAAUAAAUGAGAAUGUGAAUGUAAUGAAUCUCAGAUUGAAGAAGUUAAAAGAAUUUUGGUUUAUGCCCUGUAUAUGCCCAUUUGAAUACAUUUUAUCUCUUAAACAACAACAAAAAAACUGAACUCAAGCCUAUGAUUUGUUCUAAUUGAUUAUUUUUUUUUUUGUUAGAUCAUUGCUUCCUGGUAUCAGCUUGGUGUACAGUAUUUCUUUUUUUUCCUAAUCUUAUUUAUCAAGGAAUUGAAUGGACUUGCAAAUACGACUUUCCUGGGUUCCUAAAUACUUGUCACAGCAAUGGGCCAAAGCCCCUGGAAGAGGCGAAGUUGGGAAACUGCGGAUUGCCAAGACUCAAGGAAGAACCGAGGUGUCAUUUACUUUGAAUGAAGAUCUUGCAAAUAUUCAUGAUAUUGGCGGAAAACCAGCUUCAGUCAGCGCUCCUAGAGAACAUCCGUUUGUCUUGCAAAGUGUCGGAGGACAGACAUUAACAGUAUUUACUGAGAGCUCAUCAGAUAAACUUUCAUUGGAAGGAAUAGUGGUCCAAAGAGCUGAAUGCCGACCUGCUGCCAGUGAAAACUACAUGAGAUUAAAGAGAUUGCAAAUAGAAGAAUCUUCUAAGCCUGUAAGACUGUCACAACAGCUGGACAAAGUUGUAACCACCAAUUACAAACCUGUUGCUAAUCAUCAAUACAAUAUUGAAUAUGAAAGGAAAAAGAAAGAAGAUGGAAAGCGAGCUCGAGCUGAUAAACAACAUGUUUUAGACAUGCUGUUUUCAGCUUUUGAGAAGCAUCAAUAUUAUAAUCUUAAGGACUUGGUGGACAUCACAAAACAGCCUGUGAUGUACCUGAAGGAAAUCUUAAGAGAAAUUGGUAUUCAAAAUGUAAAAGGGACCCACAAAAACACAUGGGAGCUGAAGCCAGAAUACAGACAUUAUCAAGGAGAAGAAAAGAGUGAUUGAGAAGACUCUUUGCCAGCGCGCUAAGGAACAACUAAGGGAUGCUCCUGUACUGGCCUUGAGACUCGAAUACUUGAGCACCAUCUAGUAAUAGGGGUUAAAUGACUGGUUCCUUAAUUUUUCUAGCUAAAUUUUUUAAACCAGUAAUUCUUGUAAAGUUUCCUAAGUGUUUUUUGAGAAGAAAGAACAAAUUUAUUUAUAGGCUUUAUUAAACCAGAAUAUUCAUGAUGGGAAUAGAGGUUGUGGAAUUAAGGGAGUGUUUCUUUUAAAGUAUUAACUUUUAAACUGUAAAAUUAGGAGAUGUUUUCUAAUUGAGGACUCUUUUCACUGUAUCUCUGGGGAGCUGAAGUAAUACAGAUCCAGGGUGAAU